AAAGGCAAAUAUUACAUUGAGCUGUGCAGUGUUGAGUCAUUUUUGGACAACUCUCUCUUCAACUGCAACUGACCAUGGCUCUACUGAAGGUUGUGUUUUUGCUUCUUCUGGCAGCAAAGACCACUUAUGGGCAGUCUUUUCAUUUUUCCAACUGUCCAAAAUCAUCCCUGCAAGAAAACUUCAAUGUCACGAAGUACUUGGGGACCUGGUAUGAGAUCGAGAAACUUCCGGCAAUCUUUGAACGAGGAAAAUGUGUCCAAGCCAAAUACAGCCUGCUCUCAGAUGGAGCAGUGGGGGUUCACAACUCAGAGCUGCUGCCAGAUGGAAACAUAAACUGGAUUAAGGGCACGGCCAAAGUAGAAGACCCAGCCCAACCUGCGAUUCUGUCUGUCAGCUUUUUCAAAGGUCUCCCCGACUCCCCGUACAUGGUGCUGUCCACAGACUACAGCUCCUACUCCCUGGUCUACUCCUGCUCGGACUACCUUGGUCUCUUCCACAUCGACUUUGCCUGGAUCCUGUCUCGAACCCGACAGCUCAAUAGCGCCACCGUCAGUCAGCUACGGGACACAUUGAGCACAAUGGGAGUGGAUGUGAACAGGCUCUUAGUCACGGAUCAAACAGGCUGUGAAGCUAUGGCCUCGGCUUGAACUGUUCUGUUGACUGCAAAAAGGAAAAUUAUAUUUAAAAGAACUUCAAUUCAAAAUAUUUAGUUUGGAUCUUUUCAUCAGUUUAAAUGGAUAUAUGUAUAUGGCAUAUAUGGUUAACGGUUUACUUUAUUUAAGUUUAAUUAUUAUAUCUUUAAUAUUUUCUAUUCAUUUACUUGUAACACUAUGUAACUUUUCCGGUGAAGGGUCAGUCACCUGCUUUUCUCAGUGGAAAUUUUAUAUAUUUGACUCAGAUCUGGGGAGAGGCAAGUUACAUUUAUCUAUUUAAAACACCUGUAAUUCAAUACAUACAAGAUAUAAAAGUUGAAUACAUGUGUUGCAUUAAAUAUCUGUAAACUGUAAAUACAAUGUACAAUGUAAUUUCAUAAAAGGAGACCAAAGAAAGGUCAGUGGGUCAGACAUUUUUUUAUU